GAGGCAGGACGUAGCGGGGCUGGGACAAGUGGCGAUGUGGCCGCUGCUGGCGCUAAGGAGGAUGGUGGGCAAAGACUUCGGGCGCGGUGGUCGUGUCGUCUGCCAGCUCCCUCACGCCCCUCUGUGUGCUUCUAGAGUGUACAGGGCUGAGGCUGCCGCCGCCAGCCAUAGUGGAAAAGCUCACGCGACGACCAGCUGCAAGGCUGAUGGCCGUGGACUGAUCAAAAACUCCAGUCGGCCGAAGCUCUGGUACAGACUGCAAGGGGCUGUCCUUUCUCAGCCUUCAUAUGGGUGGCAAGGCGUGGGUACUACCACCCCGGAUGUCUCUGGGCAUGAUUGCUACUGCCAGAGAUGUAAAGCCAGCUUGGUCCAGUGCAAGCCCUGGUAUCCAGUCCAGUGUUGGCACCAGGUUUUUGGUGCCUUUUUGAGUCAUCUGUGGCAUAAGAAGAAGACUUUGCACAGCAGUGUAGUCCAUCCAAGAUCAAAAUGCCAGCACCUUUGUGCCAAGCCCUGGCAAGCCUUGUUCUUGAGAAUGCAAUCAGGGAGAUACAGCCGUCUUGUUGCCAGCCCACCCUGUCAUACCAUUUUGCCCUGGUGGUCCUGGCAAGUAGCUUCCCUUGCCCCUACAACCAGGGUUGGCACUCGCAGUUACCAGGCAACAAGUCACCCAGCAGGGAUCAAGUGCCACGUAGUGGAUCUGCGCAGUGACACGGUGACUCGGCCCAGCCCCAAGAUGAGGCAAGCCAUGGCUCAGGCAGAGGUGGGUGACGAUGACUACGGGGAGGACCCCACAGUCAAUGAGCUGCAGAGAGUAGUGGCUGACCUGCUUGGAAUGGAGGAGGCUUUGUUUGUCCCCACCGCCACCAUGGCCAACCUCAUUGCUGUCAUGUGCCACUGUCAGAGGCGAGGUGCGCAGGUCUUGCUGGGGAGAGAGGCCCACAUUCAUGUUUUUGAGCAUGGAGGGGUAGCACAAGUGGCUGGAGUCCAUUCAGAGACCUUGCAAGACCUGCCUGAUGGGACCAUGAGUCUGGAAGAACUGGAGAAUAAGAUCCAUCAGGCCCACAGAAGUCAGUACCACCCACGCCCAGAGCUCAUCUGCCUUGAGAAUACGCACUGCUCAGCCGGGGGACGGGUACUCCCCCUUCACUACCUGAAGGAAGUGCGGCACCUCGCGCAGCAAUAUGGGUUGCGGAUACACAUGGAUGGUGCUCGAAUGCUUAACGCCGCAGUGGCUCUGGGAGUACGGCCAGCUCAGAUCUCCCAGCACUGUGAUUCCAUCUCCUUGUGCUUCUCUAAGGGUGUGGGUGCACCAGCCGGGGCAAUCCUGGCCGGAGGCAAAGAGCUGGUGACUGAAGCCUGGCGUGUGCGGAAGCUCCUUGGAGGAGGGAUGCGUCAGGCAGGGAUUCUGGGCGCAGCUGCCCUGGUUGGAUUGAGCCAUGUGGAGGAAACACUAAAAAGGGAUCACAGCAAUGCCAGGCGCUUUGCUCAAGGUGCCUGCACUUUUGGUUCUCCCCUCUGUUCCAUAAACCCAUCCGCUGUGGAGACCAACAUUGUCCUGGCGACAGUAGCGCCCUGCCUGGCGCCUGCCAAGUUGUGUGAGCUCCUGGAGGCCGUGAGUGCAGAGGAGGUUGCUGCCACUGGGCAGGCAGUCAGUGUGCGGCUCUUCCCAUGGGGCAAGCAGAGCCUACGUGCCGUCUGGCACCGUGAUGUCUCCGCUCUCGACACACAACUGGCUGAGAACAAGUUGCGAUUCGUCCUAGACAAGUGUCAGCAGCAUCGCACCAGCGUACCCUGAAGCCAGACAGCAGGCCAAAAGCUAAGCUGGCGUUUGGUGUGUGUCACCGUAGAGUAAGCCCAGGAUAUAAAUCUGUGAUGGGUUGGUACAGCCUAUUGCAAGUGGAGAGUAAAGCCCACCCAUGGGAGAGGUGAGCAGUUUGCAGUGCUAGAGGGACUAGAAUUGUAGCAGCACUCCAGACGCCGUGCAGGCUGUAGCCAUGCAGGAAGAGAGUGGCUGUACUCUUUGGAGCUCCUUAGCCUCUUCUGGAUACACUCACUCCUCACACACAUAUACGUAAUUGCUUCUGAGAUUUUGAUAUUGGAUCUACUUUCCCUGAAAUGUUCUUUAAACAAUGUCUUUUUGCCGUGGGAACUUGAGAGGUUUUAUUGUACUGAUAACUGUAAAGUAGUCAAAGUCUAUUUACUUCAUUCACUGUAAUUCUCUCUCACGCCAACUUUGUGGGAAUGAUUUGGGUCACCUGGUAAGGCACAUUAAGCAGGCUAGAGCAGAAAGUGGAACGAAAAGAACACCCAUGGACAAACCCAGGUGUGCAAGUGGCAAUUAAGUCUUUAACAACUCAGGCUUGAUAAUCUACUGGUUCCUAAAGAAAGUGCAAUCAUUUGAACUUUACUUGUAGCAUUCCCACAGUGAAUAGAAUCUCAGAGUUGGAUUUGGAGAAAUGUCCUAGUGCAGAGACUAUGUUACCUGCCGUAUCUAAGCUGGACUCCUGCUCAAAUGUUUUAGUUCCUGGAGUGAGAGUUUGCAGGAGAAUUUAGCAUCCUCAGAUACAGAAAAGACUUCACCAAAUGGCAAGAUUGUUUUUCUUGCAGCUCACUGUGAACUGUUCAGACAGUCAUAUCAGUCUUGGGAUAUUUUGCCGAAACUACCAAACAAAUCAUAGAAUCAUGGAAUAGCAAAGUUAGAAGGGGCCAAGGAGGCCAGCAAGUCUAACCUGUUGCUCUUGCAGGACACAAAUUUACACCAUGCCACAGAUGGCUGUCCAGUCUCUUUUAGAAUGUCUCUAGUGUGGGAGAGCCCACAGCCUCUCCAGGCAACUGGUUCCACAGUCAUAUUGCUCUAACAGUUAGGAAUUUUUUCCUUAUAUCUAGCAUGAAUCUGCUUUGUUGCAAUCUGAGCUGAUUAUUCCAUGUCCCACACUCUGGUAUCAGCAGGAAAAGAUCUUGCACUUCCUCUUUGUGUCAGCCUUUCAGGAACUUAUGAAGUGCUAUCAUGUCUACCCUUGGUUGUCUCUUCUCAAGGCUGAACAUGCCCAGUUCUCUCCGUUCU